AUGGCCGACGUUGAAGAACUGGUCGAAAAGCUCAACACAGUCGAUGUGACCGCUUUCGAAGACGACCAUGUGUCGCGACAGAAAUUGGCCAUGGCCGCCCGCAAGCUUUUCCACAAGCUAGAAACAAAGGAAGAGAAGACUAUGAGACUGGCCCUCGAAGAACCCAUCAUGUUCUCUGGGCUCCAGGCCCUCAUCGACGUGGGUUUGUGGGAGGACUGGGCUGCUGCUGGAGGGGGCGAAAAAGACGUCGAUGAGUUGGCCAAGAUCGUCAAGAAGGAUGUUGACCCCGAGUUGCUACGCAGCCUCCUACGACUCUUGGCCACCCACCACAUUGUUGAAGAAACUGGGAAAGAUCGUUACGCACCAACGAGUUUCUCCCUCGCCAUCGGCGAUAAAAGCACCCUUGUAGCACCAGGACUUACAAUAAGGACCGACCACGUCUCACAAUGCGCCCAGAACUUUCCCGCGUUCCUCGCCAAGACAAACUACCGCAAGCCUUUGGACGACAAUAACAGUUGCUACAUCGACGCAUACCCCGAGAAGAAGAACUUCUGGGGAAGAUGCGAAUCAAGCCCUCAUCUCCAAGAGAGCUUCUCGGGCUUCAUGACGCUCUGGGCUAGGCAGAAGAGGCCGUGGCCCGAGUUCUACGACACAAAAGCACUUCUUGAGGGUGCUGACCUGAGUGAUGGCAGCGCGUUCGUCGUAGACGUUGGUGGACACCACGGCAUCGAUCUACUGCGCGUCGUUGAUAAGCACCCUGAUCUCCCGGCUGGGUCUCUCGUUCUUGAGGACCUGCCCGAGACAGUCGCUGCGGCUACUUUGACCACGGACAAGAUUAAGGCCAUCGGGUAUAACUUUUUCGAGGAACAGCCUGUUAAAUGCGCCCGGGCGUACUACCUGCAUGCCGUUCUCCACGACUGGUCGGACAAAGUGUCAAUCGAUAUCUUGAAGCAGGUUGCCGCUGCCAUGAAACGCGGCUACUCGAGGGUGUUGAUCAAUGAUAUCGUCCUUCCAGAUACAGGGGCCAGCUCCUACCAAGCUGGCUUGGAUUGCCUUGUAAUGCAGGCGUCGGCCAACGAAAGGACCGAGGAUGUCUGGAAGAAAGUCAUCAGCGAGGCCGGGCUGAAGUUGGUCAAGAUAUGGCCUGAUGGCCGCGGUUACGAGAGCUUGGUCGAAGCUGAGCUGCCGUAA